CCCACAGCACAAUGGCACGCAGCGCGAACUUCUCCCUGGACACCCUCGGGCCUUUCAUAGUCUGGCAGUUCAUCAUUCCAUACGCCGCAACAUGGAUGCAGUCAAUCUUCUACUCCAUCUUCAUUCGCGCGGGCGAACCCAAACCCAUGCCCGGUAGUCCACGCUUCAUGAAGCACCGCCGCCAAAUCCUCAUCGUAACCUACCUCGCGUACUUCUUUUUCACCAUCUACGAAGCCGACUACAACCUCCAGAAGUCCGGCAACGCAUACAACGACCUUGGCGUGCCCAUCGAUGUUACCGAUAACGUGGUGAACUCGCGCUUCCGGCGACUCACGCUGAAGUACCACCCAGACAAGUUUGCGCUGAAGGAUCAAGCGCGUGCAACGGAGUUCUACAAUCACCUGAAGAGCGCAAGGGACAUUGUACUGGAUCCGGCGAAGAGGUGGGCGUACGAUAGAUUUGGACCGGGGAUUUUCUAUUCCUGUUCCAAGUGCGUCACCAUCAAGGAGUACACGGACAGCGCGCUGUUUGUAGCGAUGGGAACGUACGGCGCGCUCUUCCUGUUCCUGAUCGGCACGAAUGCGCUCGGCUUCCUCAGAGAUGGCGCGUACUGGAGAUACCUCGCUAUACUGGCUGUGGCCGCGUAUGACGUGCGCACCGCCAUGCGCCCAGAUCACCCACCGUUUGUCGCGCAGUGGUUGAAUCCGCUAGUUACAGGUUUGAAACUUAGACCGGCAUACCUUCCAUUCCAAGUUACCAGUAUCGUUAAGAAAGCCAGUAUCUCGGCAGCACAGUUCCUAGGUCUGCUGAUCCCGCUGUAUCGCGAUGAUCCGCAGAAGCCUGCAAAGCCCACUGACGACACGGACGAGUCGAGGCACAAGCAGCUUGACCGGCUCGAGGCUGUUGUGCAGGCGGGUAAUCAGGACGUCACGCGGAUCUUGGAGCUGGAGUCUACAAUCUUCAAGGAGAAUGAGAGGGCGAAGGGUGCGCUGAGGGGCGCGAUGACGACUUACAUGGUUCAGAAUGUGAUCCACCAGGAGCCGGAGGUGAGGAAUGCGAUUGGGCAGAGGAUAGGGCGGAGGAGGGCUGACGCGCCGCAUGGAGCGCAGGGGACUAAGUGAUGGCUAGAGUCCGAUGAUACCCUUUGUGCAUGAUAGAUAUC